CGUCCAAUAUUCUUCUAUCGCCAAAUUUCAGUCGCUUUUCCCAACAUUUCCAAUUCGAUUUGUAAAUAUCACUCAAAAAAGUAGAAAUUUUUCCCACAGAAAAUUUCGAGAUCUGCACUUCGCUGCCCUAAAAUGCAGUUUCCCUGGUCCCAAUUGUAGAUUUCUACUAGCAAUUUCUUCUUCCGGCUUCUAGAAUCUUCCAUUUUCGUGUAUGCAUAGUUUCAAUCGGAUCACCGGCGGUUUCUGCAAUGAGUUAUCGGAGGGAUCAUCGAGCCCAUAGAGCUGCUCUCUUUGAUAACUAUGAUAGUAUUGAGGAAGGUGGUAUACGGGCUUCAUCUUCCUAUCCCCGUGAUCUUGAUGAAAGGCACAAUGACAAAGCUGUGGAUAGCUUACAAGACAGAGUCAGUUUUUUAAAGAAAUUAACAGGUGACAUACAUGAGGAGGUGGAGACCCACAGCAAGAUGCUAGACCGAUUGGGGAAUGAGAUGGAUUCAUCUAGAGGAAUCAUGUCAGGAACUAUGGAUCGGUUCAAGAUGGUGUUUGAGAAGAAAUCGAAUCAGAAAGUGUGCAAACUUGUUGGAUACUUCGUACUUUCCUUUUUCAUAAUAUACUACAUAUUUAGGUUUCUCAUGUAUUUCAUGUAUGGUUGAGGGCCAGGAUCACUAAGAUUGUUCAUCCAAAUUAGUUGGCCACACCACAAAGGCACAAACACGACACGUAUAACUGGCAUCUUCUGCAUUCUUAUCGGUAAAAGCUGGCACCGUAAAUAUUAUAUUUCGUGUUGUGUCAAGUCAGAGAUUUUUAUACACAUGUUUGAAAAUUCAUACAGAAAGCAAUGUGGUGUAAACUUGUCAAAAGAAUUGUUGGUUUAUAGACCUGUAUAGUAAGCGUAUUUCAAUGUUAUGCUGAUGAUAACUAUUUUUUUACUGAAAAAUGUUGAAAGUCAGUGAGUUUUACCAAGGUCGUUGUGCCGGCUUCAUUGAACAAUAAUUGUUUAUUUAUAUAGGGAAGUAAUAUUUGUUUAGUUACAA